GGGGGUGUGAGGAAAGGCGGAAGGAAGCAACAUGUUCCACGUCCGUUUGGAACAAGCUGCCGCUGCAUAUAACGACGAAGACAAGCCAACAAUCGAGUUUGAAGUGGGGAAUCCAAGGGUCGAGCUAUUGACAGGCCGGCUGCGGCUGUUCCGAUCGCUUGAAACGACGAACGACGAGAGCAAGGACGAAUCGGACGAUGCCGCUGGAUCGCUGUCCUGGCUACCAAUCUCGCGAGACACGAUUUUGAGCUUGGAUUUGACUUUGCUUGGGUUUGUGAGUUUGCCCAUGCACAUGGGUCCGUUGGAACUGAUCGAGUUCUCCAAAGCAUUCCGAAGCGACAUUGUCCUCAUUCGGUUCUUACGCGACGCAGAUCCACGGCCGUCUUCUCGCAUGGCGCUGAUGCAGUUUUCAACCGCCAACAAAGCCGCACAGUUCUACGAAGCAUUCAACGGCUCUCUUUUCAAUUCGAUGGAGCCCGAACGGUGUCGCCUCGUGUUUGUCCACAAGAUCGAGUUUAUUCGAGAACAGCUCGUGCAAUCUCCUCCGUUGGCCGUCAACGGCCACCCCGUUGCACAAGGCAUGCUCCCUUCCUUUGCCACCGACGACCGGCGAGACGCGCCCGAAGGCCACGUGGAAAUUCCGACCUGUCCGGUCUGCCUGGAUCGCCUUGAUUCGUCCGCUUCUGGCAUUCUCACGACACUCUGCAACCACACGUUUCACUGCGACUGUUUGUUUCGGUGGGAAGGGUUUAACUGCCCCGUAUGCAGAUACAGCCACGGCGACAUUGUGUCUGCAUGUGAGGUGUGCAACACGACAGACCACCUUUGGAUCUGCCUCCUUUGCGGCCACAUCGGGUGUGGCCGGUACUCGAACGAACACGCCAAGAAACACUACCAGGAAACGCUGCACACGUACUCGUUGGAGCUCGAGACCCAACGGGUGUGGGAUUACGCUGGCGAUGGAUAUGUCCAUCGCUUGAUCAUGAACAAGCAAGACGGCAAGUUUGUUGAGUUUCCCGACCCAAACGGCGCAUUGGGGAACCGCGGAGAGGAUGAGCACAUGAAGUUAGAAAAACUCGCGUCCGAGUACAACUUGUUGCUGACGAGUCAAUUGGAAGAGCAGCGCUUGUUUUACGAGCGGCGAUUGUCCCAGCUCAACGAAACCGAGCACCGCCGCGCUGUCAGCAUGCUCGAGCAAGAAAAGAAGGCGCUAAAAAAACUCAACGAAAACUUGAUCAAAGAAACGACCAAGCUGAACGAAGACUUGCACUUUGCCCGGGAGCUCAACAAGUCGCUCAUUGACAACCAACAACAGUGGAAAGAGCGCGUUUUGGCUGCAGAAGAAAAGGUCGCCACCAUGGAAACGGACACCCAGCGCCGCGUCGACGAUUUGGAAUCGCAGAUUCGCGACCUCAUGUUUUACCUCGACACGCAAAGUCGCGUUGAGAACAGUAUUCACAAGCGAGAGAUUCAGGGCGGCCAAGUGCUGGUGCAGGAGGCAAGGGCAGACGAGAAAGCCAAACCACGAAAAAGCAGCAAAAAGAGAUAAAAUGUCGACUGGAUUCGUUUUUCAAUGGAUUCCUGGAGUGUCUACUGCAAAGCUGAUGGACUUAAUGGUAUUCGUUGGCACCAGUCCACGGCUUUUCGUUUUCGUCGUUGUAAUAGUCAAAGAGGGA